AUGGACUUAAGAUGGUUAUAAGAUGAUGAUAACUUAGCAAGUAUUUAAGUUCUUAAUUAUUGAUAAGCUGCAGAUUAAUGCGAUCAUUUUCAUGCAUCCUUCAUUAGUUCUCCAAAUAGAUCGUAAUUAGGAAAAACAAUAAAAAAUCAAUAUACUGCAGUUGAAUUCGCUGAUACUUUGGGAAAGAUAUUUUAAGUAAUAGAUUAAAUUAAUAAAUAGGCUAUAAAAGAGAAAAAUUUAAAACAAGUUUAAAAUUUAGUGAAUACACAUAAAUAAAGAUCAAAUAAUUUAGGAGGAGAUCCUGAAUUUAGAUGGGAUAUCAUUAAUGAUUUAAGUCUUAAUUGGUCUCCUCUUCAUCAUUCUAUUUAUUUAGGUUGUGAAGAAAUAUUUUUAUGGUUUUUAAGUGUAGGAGGUGAUAUUACAUCAAUUACUUAUGAUGGAUAUUCUGCAUUAAUUUUAGCUGUUUUAUCAAGAAGUGAAUUAAUGGUCAAUUUAUUAAUUGCAUAACCAAAUCUAAAUGUUAAUCAUGUAUCAAGAAAAGGGUCUGCUUUACAUAUUGCAGUUUAAUCAAAUUAAAUUUCGAUUUUGUAAUUACUAUUGCAACAUCCUAAUAUCAAUUUAAAUAUAUACAAUGAUCAAUUAGAAUAGCCAAUAGAUGUAGCAACAGGAAAAGCAAAAGAAUUGUUAAAAAAAGAAUUAUAAUAGCGUACAGAUGUUUAUUAGGAAUAAUCAAAAUCUUACAUUUCAAUAAAGAGUUAAGAUAAAUGUGAAUUAAAUACAUUAGAUGUAAAUUACUUAAAUUAUCAUCCAGACCUUUAUUAUUAAUAGACCUAAGAAGCCACCUAUUUACAAAGGCUAUGUUGAGAAAUUAAAUUUUUCUCAUUUAUAUUCCUAUUAAAGAUAUAUAGUAGUUGAUCCAGAAUGUGGAGUUUUGGUGAGAUUCUAAAAUAAAGAAAAUUGUCCUUUGAAUCCCAAAGAAACUAUACCACUUCAAAAUAUAUAUAAUCUUUAGAUUAUUAUAAAAGAUAGAACUUUUAGUAAUAAUUCAAUUUAUUUAUUGAUUGAAUAUAAUGAGAAAAAGAUUUAUUUUCUAUUUUAAUCUAAAUAAAUGGCAUAAAUAUGGUAUGAUUCAAUAAAAACAGCAGUAGGAUAUACAAAAUAUGUAAAAUAUAAAUUAGAUUAAUAUAAUAAAAAAAAAGAAGGGGAAAAAGUAUUUAAUUAAGUUAAUUCUAUGUUAUUAGAUAUGAAUAAUUAAUCAAUAGAAAUUGAUUAAUAAACUAAUUAAGAUUAAUUGUCUAUUCAAGAUUAAAAAAAAGAAGAAAAUAUUGAAAUUAAGUAAAAAUAAGAAAAACAAUUAUUUAAUAAUCUUAAAUUUUAAGAUUUUUUUAUUUUAGAAAUUUUGUAGAAAGGAUCAUUUGGUACAAUUUAUAAAGCAAAAUAUUUCAAAGAUGAUAAGAUGUAUGUUUUAAAAUAAUAAAACAAAGAAUAACUUAAAAAGUUUUCUUAACUUGAGUAUGCAAUAAAUGAAGUAAAACUAUUAAGAAAGAUAAAUCAUCCUUUUAUUAUAAGUAUAAAAGGAUUAUUUUAAACAAAAUAAAAUCUGUAUUAUUAAAUGAAAUAUUAUGAAAAAGGAGAUUUAUCUGAUUAUAUUGGAUAAGGUUGUGUUUUAUCUGAAAAUGUAUCUAAGUUUUUAAUUGCAUAAGUAAUAUUAGCUAUUGAAUAUUUACAUUCACUUAAUAUUAUAUAUAGAGAUUUAAAACCUAUGAAUAUAUUAGUUGGCAAAAAUGGUUACUUAAAAUUAGCUGAUUUAGGAUUGGCUAAAGAAAUUAUUAAUGAUAGAGCUGCCUUAUCAUUUUGUGGAUCUCCUGCUUAUUUAGCACCAGAAAUCAUAAAAGGAGAAGGUGCAACUUAAUCUGUUGAUGUAUAUGGAAUAGGAGUAUUGCUUUAUGAAAUGUUGAGUGGAUAUCCUCCUCAUUUUAUAUAAAAUAUAGAUUUAAUGCUUGAAAGAAUAUAAUAUUGUCCUAUUAAUUAUGAUAGAAUACAAUCAAAAAUGGCAGUCAAAAUAUUAAAGGAAAUGUUAUAAAGAGAUUAAAUAAAACGUCCAAAUUUAACAGAGAUAAAGAAUCAUGUAUUUUUUGCAGAUAUUAGUUGGAAUAAGCUACUUAAUAAAAAUAUGCUUCCUCCAAAAUUAAUAAAGAGAAAUAAGGAGUAAUUUAUGAAUUAACAAAAAUUCACAGAAGCAAUUAUUGAUGAAGAUUAUUAGGAUGAGUAAGAGAAGCCUAAUUAUAUUGAGAAUUGGAGUUUAUCAUGA